UUAUGACGUCCGUAAUACGUAUUCGCGUUUAGCCUCAGAUGCCGUUGAAGUUAAAUUUUAAGCGCACACAUAGAUAUAACGUUGCAGCUAAAGAUCUGCAUGUUAUAAGAAUAUAUACACUUGAUAACACAUGCGUUGAGUAUACUGUAUCUUCAAGCAGUACUGGUCGGGAUGCUUUAGAAUAUGUUGCUCAGAGACUAGAUAUAGAAGAUAUUUACUUUUUCGGAUUCACUUAUGAGGACUGGGCUGGAGAACAAAAGUGUUUGUUUCUUAAUAAAUCGAUUAAAAAGCAACUGGACAAAUAUGCCCGCCAACAUGCACUAACUCUUACUGUCAUGCUUUUUAUUGAUAAUCCACAGUUUUUGCCUGAUCCACAGAUAAGACGUUGGUUUUACCUUCAGCUCAGGAGGAAUGUUGCAAUGGGUCUUCUUCCUGUUACGUUAAAAUUAGCAAUAAAACUUCAAGCAUAUAGUCUUCAAGCUGAGUUUGGAGAUUUUGUGGACAUCGAAACUACACUUUCAAACUGGAGAGAAAGAAACUUACACUCGGAAACUUCUGUUGUUGGUGCCUUUGAUUUGUCAACAACAGAAUAUGUUGACGACAUAGUUUGGGGUUAUUCUCAUCUACAAGGAGUUUCUCAAGACAAUGCAAUAUGGUAUUUUCUAGAUGAAAUCAGACAUAAUCCUCUCUAUGGUGUUCGAACAUUUAGUGGUAUGACAUGUAGUAAUGAAGUUGCGGAACUUGGUGUUUCACGUAAUGGUAUUAAUAUUACUACGUUUGAGCCUCAAAGACAAACAAUCGCUAACUUAAAAUGGGAACAUAUUAAAGACCUUACGUAUACUCGUAAGACAUUUACUAUUCAACUGUUAAAAAGGGGAAAGUCCGUUCAUUUCAUAUUUGAGGAUUAUGAAAGCGCGCGUUAUCUAUGGCAGUUUUGUAUUCAGAUGCACAGUAGUUAUAUUGAUUACUGGACACAUGUAAAAUCGGUCCCACCACAACCGGCAGUUCAUAUCUCGGAACCUCCAGAUAUACUAAGAGGUACAGAACUACGCUGUACUUAUUCUGGUUCACCGGUAUUAAAUGAUUUUGCUGCAGAGUUAUCGACCUCUGAACAACCAAGUCAGCAAUACACUAAGUACGAUGUCGAACCAGUCAAUGAUGAAUCGCAAAGAAUACAACAAAAUAAUGCGGAUCCACAACACUCAGGUGGAUUAAUUAAUCCUUGCAAAUUAAUAGAUCCGUUUAAAAUUGAGUCGAAUACUACAGCCCUGACUAGUGAUAACAAGACUUUCAGGAUUAAUCCUUCUCCAAGAAGGCCUAGUGAAGCUACCUGUAUGGUUUCAUGUAAUUCAAACUUUAUUCAGAAUACUUUUGUUAGUAAAGUGACGACUACAAACGCAGAUUUUAAAGAACAAAAUGCAGAUAGUGAGUCUGGAACUCUUUUUGGUCACUGGAGUCUUAAAAGCGGUGCUGGAACUUUGGAUUCCCAACUCUUAAACAAAGGCUGUGUGACAUGUCUUCCUGGACGUGAGUGUCUAAAGCCAACUGGAUGGUUCCUUUCCAAAAGUGGAGUAGCAAACACAACUUCUGCGGUGUCAAAAGAAUCGAAAAUCACUUUCAGUGAUCAACAGUCUUCUAUAACAUGUAGUUCUUUGGCACCUCUUACCAAUAAAGAAAUGCAGAUUAAUCACGAAGAUUCUUCUUUUGUCCAAAACAAACAACAUAACACAAGUGAAAUAACUGAAGAACAUAAAAUUACUAAGAGUCAUCGUUCACAUAAACGUCGUCAAACAAAACGUCAUCAUCAAGAACAAAUCAAACCAAACAUAGCUAUUACAAGUGAGAUGACGAACAGACAUGAAAAUACAAACUGCUGUGAACCUCUUAGCCCACUUCACUUAUCAACAGUGGACGUUGUAUUAAGUAAAAAAGAGGUGUGUCCUGAACAAUCAUCUCCUUCAUCUCUAGCCUCCUCUGAUAGCUCUUCGGAACAUGUGUUAGUUUCCCCAAGAGCAUCAUUCUCCUCUUCCUCUUCAAGUUGUACAGCCAGCAUUAAGAAAAUUGAUCUUGUUCAUGCUGCACAACAUCAAUCAUGCAGUUCAUCAACUUCAAGUAGUUCGAGCAAUUCUAUCACGCAAGCUGAUUUCGAAGCAAACGAAGCCAGAAAAACGUCGUUUGGUUUCGCAGCCUCUCUAUGUACUUCUGCUAACAACGUUACUUUUAAAAGUCCAUCAAAGUCAAAUACACGUGGGUUAAGUUCAGGUUCAGGUCCUACAUUCCCAAGCGGUCGAAAAUUAUGGCAUGAGUUAAUUCAUUCAAAUAGUGGUGGAAUUCUGCCAUUACUGAGUGGGUUAAGCCAACGACAUUACAGACCUCAGUCUCAAAUGAAACGGUUCAAAGCCUCACCUUCGAUAGCUCCGGAAGCCAUUGUUCAGAAGCCUGAUUUUCAAUCUGUAACUACUAGUUAUAUACAAAACCGUCAUAAUUCUAAAAAAGCUGUUGAUAGAUUAUCAACACAUAUCCAUAAAUCAAGCACACAGUUAAGUCCAUCAAAUAAUCCGCUUCAGGAGUUUCAACGUUGGUUUUCAUCUGCCAAACAUCUCAUUCCAUUUGGAUGGACAAGCAAUGCUACUAGUCGAGGAACCGCAAUGAAUAUUUCAGCUCCUCUUCCUUAUCAAACAUCCGGAAAUUGCUAUGAAAGCCACGUCACUAGAUCUGAAAAGGAACAAUGCUUAGAUGUUACAUCUAAUCCUGUAUCAUCCACAGCACAUCAAAAUAUAAAUAACCAGUCAACAUCGAAGACUGGACGUCUUGAACGAUCUGCUAGUGAAUCCUAUUCACGUUCAGUCAGUUCCAGCUUGAAUAACUCUAGGACUAUUGUUCUGGUGAAUUUAGAACAAUCUAGCAUGGAUGAUGCAAAUCCACAAAAACUGAAAUCUUCAACAAAGGAUUCAAAGAAUACAACUGUAAAUGAGACGAAGAUAUUGACACCAACAAUUCAUUUACUUCCACCCAGUCCUACAAGAUCAUCUUUUAAGAUUAGCGGCAAUAAAGAAAUAAAUGUUGUUAAAGGCGAUUUACAUGAUAGUAAGGUUCUUUUAACAUCAUGUUCCAAUUUUAAUUCAAAACCAGAAUCAAAUAACAGUGAGAAAAAACAUCCUGAAGAUAAUGAGAUAUAUAAUAAGUCUAACGUGAAUAAAGUUAAUUUGAUUUCUGAACCGAAAAAUAAUUUCUUGUCCAACUUACAAUCGAGGAAUUUUACGAGGCCAUUAAAUCAAUCAACUCAACAAGAACAGGGGAACUUUCGUACUUCUUCCUCUUCCUCUUGGCGGCUAUUUCCAUGUCCUCUUACGUUAAACGAAGCUAAUCGUUUGGCUGUCACUCCACCAAGAAAGUUUAUUAAUUCCGUAUCAGGUAACUGUUGCUCAUCACCUACCGAAUUCCAUCCUAAUAGACCAAUGUAUAACGUGUCAGGAUAUCAACACUCAAAUUUCAAUCAUGGUCCACGCGUUAAUCUUGAUAUAUCUCAUACAACAAUUACUGAAGCUACAUUUAGAGAAGAGAUGGAUGGAAAGCGUCAGAUCAUAAAAAAUACCUUGAAUGAUAAUAUGUGCCAGAGACACUUUUCCACAACACCAACUACACCAGUCAGUCGACCUAAUCUUUUAUGGAAGGAAGCAUCUGACCAACCAUGCGAUCAUGGCAGUUCUCGAGAACUAGCUCACUCAUUACGUGAACAAGAUGAAUGUGAUAACAAUAAACAAACUAAUGUGGAUGUGAAAGGACCAUUAAGUAGCUCAACAAACGUUAAUAGAGAAUGCAGCUCAGUGAUUAAUACGUGGUCUUCUAAUAAUCAACUGAAAAGUAAAUCUGUGGUUGAUGAUGAAAACUGUAUACUUGAUACUAUGGAAAAUAGUCAAGAACUCGAAAAUAAACCAUCAAGCAACACUUUGUUAACAACAUCUAGCUCGUCAGAUCAAUGCAGUAUACCACGUCCAUCAUCUGGCACCAUGCAUCUACUUACAAACUCUGAUAUUCAUCAAUUAUUGAGUCUAACUAAUUUGAAGGAAACUGAACUUGCUCAUCGUUUGCUUGCUGAAUAUCGUCAAGCUUUACUUCAACAACAGUGUCUACAUACAAAUAGUGUUAGUACACCUAACUUGACUGCAAGUCAAGAGUUACAAGUGUUGUCUUCGUCAAAUGCAGCAGAAGAUAUAGAAGGUCAAGGAGAUCAGAUAAAUACUUCAGCUCCAGAAAAACCUAGAUUCUGUUUUAAUCGGGCUUGGGAAUGACAGUAAACCAAGAAGAGGCUGCAGGAGUGGUAGGAAAUAGAAUAGCCAAAUGAAAUGUCACCGUCUUCAAAGUCACGCUACCGAUGUUGUAUAGUUUGGGGAUAUAACGCUUAUCAGAAAAAGUGUCAAUUAUGAAGAAGCAUUAAAAGAUACCAAAGACAAGACAAUCUUACACAAUGUCGUAAAAUUGCCUAUAUGUAUAUAUGAAGUUAUUAAAGAAUAAUAUUACUUUUUUUUAAAAGUUAUAUAAAGCAAAAUGAAAUUGUUUCUUCAUACCCUUACUCUGUAGCUUAUAAAUAAGUAGAAAUUCUAUACUUUGAUUUUAACAAAAAUUACUCAGUGAACUAAUUUGCUUCUAGCAAAAUAUAAUGCUAUGCAUUAGUGCUUUAUAAUGCGUUCCACUUUUAUAUAGAUACAAAGCUUUUAACAAACGGUCUGAUGAGUCCAGACAAACUUCAAAAAAGAGUCACGGAACAAAUCAUAUUUCUUCUGAUUCAAUGCGCAAUCCAUCUGAAGUAUCGCACAGCAGCCAAACAGCCUUGAGAUUAAAAGUUCGAUGUAAUCGUAAUAUUGAAAUUCAGUCAAUUGAUUCACCAGAUUAUGUAAAUGCAGCCGCAUUUAGAAAUGAUAGACGCCACACAAAUGAGAGACCGCUAAGUUUAGCAAGUUCAACAGAUAUUGACUCGAAUGCAACAUUUCGUGUACUGUCAAGUUUUGAAAUGCGUACAAGCAGUGGUGGUAACUAUUCCACUGGUAAUCUUAUACUUACGAAUUGUAGUAUAGGAAGUGAAGAAGCAACUAUGGGUUUAUCAGUAGAUCUGACAAAUCCUGAUAGCCAACCUGGUGUAGAAUCUAUGACAAGUCAUUCAUCUAAUAAAUCUUGGGAUCAAGAACAAAAGUCAAUAACAGAAGGAAAUCACCUUAAAGACCAUAAAGAUAACAACUCCAAUACAGAAGUUUGUCUACACGAGGAUUUAACUUGUACAGAUGUAGAUAAAUUGAAUAUUUAUGGUCAGCCUCCUGAUUUAUGCAUGACACAAAAAGGAACUUCAUUUCCAAUUAAAGAAUAUUUAAAUAAACCGCGCUCUAAAGUUCAAUGUAAUCAUCUUAACUCACAAAGACGUCAUGCUAUCGGAGAGUAUGAAAAUCUUGAAGCGAUAUCUUGUGAAAAGAACAAGAAAAAUUAUUUACCAGAUUAUCUGUGCAGAUCUACACAUGAACAUCAUGAUGGUAAUCAUUGCAUAUCACACGAUUCUCAGCCACAAAGGACAUUGAGCAAAAAUGUGAUUUCAUCUUGUAAUACUCCUCCAGAAUCGUUAACAACAUUGACCCGCUCAGGUGAAUCUACAUCUCCUUCACCAUCAACUUAUUCAGAAUCGUCAUCUACACUAUCUUCAUCUUCACCUUAUUCAGAUUUAGGAUGUAUCGAUUCAAUUAAAAGAGUUUCAUUACGAAAACAUUCAGCUGGCAAAACACCCUUCAACACAAGAAACGAGGUACAACACUCUUUACCAUGGCGUCAAUUAUGCUACUUAGAAGGGGGAACAAAGUUUAAGAGGAAUCACAGAAAAGAUGAGAAGUAUUACCAAAUGUUUUCAACUGUUAUUACUCCGCGCUUUAAAAAGCGCAUUAAAUAUUGCAAUUGUAGCUGUCAUAAAUCAGUUGAACACCUUAAAAUCAACAAACCCAACUCAUCUCGAACAGAAACCAACGAUUUGAGUCUGAUAGAUGUAUCAAAUCCUUCUGGAUAUAGACGUAUAAAACAGAAAGCUCACUCUUUUGAACCGUUUUCCAAAAUUACUAAUGCUAAGCCAUCCGAACAUCAUUAUACUUCUGUUUGCUUUGAAGAUGUAAGUAAAGGUGUAGUUCCCAGUGAAAGUGCCUCAAGUAAUAUUCAAGAAUAUCAACGGAAGCAUAUCAAAUCGUCAAACCGCAAAUCACAUCAUAUUAUUGCGUCAAAUAUACCAGUCAGCGUAAAUCGUAGUAAUUACCCACCUUGUUGUUAUUGUGAACAAAUGGAUUACCAUUCACAUAAUGAUGUGAGCGAUUCUAUGAAUACAUCACCAACAGAUAGUCUUUGUCUAUCAUCUGCAUCCUCUUACUCAUUCUCUACUUCUUCCUUAGAUGUUCAACCAGUGUUUGACUGUCCACAUCACUUCCAUAUACCCAGCUAUACGUCUGUUGUAAUUGGACAUAAAAGUGGACGUAAUCAUCGAAGUGGUAGUUUAGAGCCCAGUAGCAUUAUUCACCGAUCUAUACCACGUAAACCAAAACCCAGAAAUUUUACUAAGUCUUCAAAGCGCCGACUAUCUGUAAGAAAAGAAUAUCAUAAUGGUAACAGUCAAAGUACAAACUCAGUUGGUUUACAUUAUUCAGAAAAUUACAAACGUGAACAUUGCAGUUGUUGUGAAUUCCAUGAGUCUCCUACAAAACGGGAUUUGCUAGAACAAUAUAACCGAAAUAACAAUAAUAGUAGUAACACUAACAGUAUUAAUGAUAAUAAGACCAUCAAUAAUAAGUCAGUGAAUUUAUUUUUUCGUUUACCGUUUACGAACGGUUAUCAUGAUAAUGAUUCAUCCAAAUAUUCACGACAUUUUGAUCAUGGUUUAAAGAAUGAUGAGAAACCGCCUAUAAUUGUAAAGCGGAAAUUUAAUGGACUAAAUAAUGGUAAUAAUAUCAAUUGUCAGCAUACACACCGAGGCGAAUAUUACUCUACAAAAGAAAAGAAUUUAACCGAUACACCAUUUAUUCAAAAAGGUAUAAAUAAUAAUGAUGAUACUGUCGCUACUACUACUACAUCUACUGCUACUAUUACUAAUAACAAUAAUAACAGUAAUACCUAUUCGUGUAAUCAUCAGAACAGAUCUGCACAAAACUUUGAAAAUGAAGGUUCUUUUAAACCACCGAGGCCAAAAGAUUUGAAGGUGUUUUCACGAAACCAAAAUUUCAGUCCUGUUGACUUCACAAAAUAUCGAUCAUCUUCCGGUAAAAGGAUUUCAUUUUUCAAAAAGAAAAUUCCAAGUGAGUCACAGAUUAUGGCACAUGAUCAACUUCAGGAAAUGAAUAAGUCUACGGAAAAGGAAGCCAUUCAGUGCAGUUGGACAGAAAAAGGAAACUUACCUACACCAAAUGCAUCAAUCCACACACCUCUCCCUUCACCUGAUUUACUUUGUAGACCUAAUGCGAAAAACAACGGUUAUGCUGUAGGAAGCCUUCGACCAUCCAAAGUAUCAGAUUACCGUCGUGAAAAUUUGAUCAAGUUAGAUGACUCUGCAUAUUCGAACAAAUUACUUUAUCAUGAAUGUUACCAGGAACAUGAAAACCAUAGAAAAAACGGGCCUAAGUUUAGUCCAUUAAGUGAACCCUGUCAAUUAGAAGAACCUCAAGAAUCGGGACAGAACACUUUUGUCAAGCCUUCAGCCAAAACAAUAAAACAGAAAUUAUCUCCAACAAACGACUUAUCGCCAACACAUGCAUUAGUUUACACAGCAUCGGUAGUGUUUGGUCCAAAACAACAGUCAGAUCCCAACACUAUAAACAGCAAUCACUCAUCAGUCGUUCAUGAAAAAUCGAAAGCUUAUGAGCGUCAAUCAGAACCAAGAAAUAUUCCACUUAUACGCAAUGGUUCUAUGGAACCAGAUGAUUCAAAUAAAAAGAAUACUACACUUAGGAAAGGAAAUAUAUCUACAAUACCAUUGAUAGCAACAGAUCACAGUUGCAUUUAAAAUGACAUUAAGUUGAAAGAACACAGCCAUCUAAUGAUACACGAUUUCUAAGUAAGGAGUGAAUAUAUAUUUUACCUUGAUAAUUUUGGUGCUAGCUUGGAAAACAUGUGCUAUUUUCCUAAACAUUUUCAGCUCUUACGAUAUUGUCCGCACGAUUAUCAAUACAAGAAUAAAAUCUUUUUCUAUGCGACAGCAUCUCUAAGUAGUCAUUAUGUUUUCAUAGAAUAACCACCUAAUCAUCUUUUCAAUAUGGACGACAUAAAGAAACAGGAAUUUAAUUGCCACUGGUUACGGAAUUCAGUUCGACAGUAUCAGGGAAACUUUUCACCCAUUCCACUAAAACAUUUUGAUAUUCUUUAUAUUACUUAGUUUUGACUAUCAGGUUGCAAACAGCUGAUGAGAGUCUUCGAAACGACAUAGAUUUACAUUAUUCUAUCUUGUUCUCCGUACUGAUCAGAUAAUUGCAAAACUUAAUUCAAUAUAUAUAAUAAAACAUAUGAUAUUUAAUAACGUAUUAUGAAACAAAUUUUUUGUCCGCACAUUAUAAGUAGUGAUAUUAAUGAAUUUAUAUUUGCGAUUAAAAAUAAGGAUAACUCCAACGUUUCACUCGACAGUGUGGUCAAAUUAUUUAGUUUAAAAUGUGAAAUUGUGAUAAGAGAGGAAACGUAUGUAGAAGUGUCUAGAUAUGGCGUGCAAAAAACCAUUGGUCAAAUAUAUCGCCUUGAGCUAUUGUCCGGAUAAAAUCGGUCAGUCUGAUUGAUAGUCACAAAUGAAACUUUUCAGAGAGUAAUUGGAAUGAAAGUUAAUAAGCCUGGUUUUUUAAAACAUAUCUAAACGUGAGUGAUUAAAACGAAUGGGUGUGCACUACUGUUCUCCACAUAACAUGAAAUCAAACAGAAGUAGUAGAUUGAAUCUAUAUUCACUUAUUAUUCAAUAGUUGCUAUGUUGCAGUUGAUUUUACCCCAUCUCAUAUACUUUGGUUGUUUGGGUUUGCCCUUAUAUAUAUGCGACUUCGAAUCCACCAGGAAGCAUUAGUUCCUUCAAGACUACAGGUACACCUUGCCAACGAGUGCCAAAUAACAAAAAACUCAGGUCUAGGGCUUCUUAUAGAUUACUUCCGACCAUUUAACAUCUCCCGGGAAGAUUUUUGUCCAGCCGACUAUUUAUCUCGUUUCUUUUGAAUAUAAUAUCACUAUUCUGUCUUCAAGUUGUUUGGGGAAUAUGCUUCAAGUGUAGUUCGUGUCCCUUUACCUUGCGUUCAAUUGUUGCGAUGUCUCAAAUACAUAUACGGCAUUGCAGUUAGUAUUUUUGAUCUCAUAGGCAUUUAUGUCAUCCUUCCACGGACUCUACCUCAAACUUUUAUUAAUACAGUUUUUAUGAUUUUCCCAAUCUCUUUUGAAGUUCCUUUCAGGUAUGGGAUAGUCAUCAAGUUGACAAAUUCUUUCUGUUGAUCCUUCUUUUCUCCCAAACUUUCUUCUUACCUAUUCCUUUCACAGUUUUUAUGAUAGUUAUCUAUCGUCAUUGUUGGUACAACUAAGUUUUACCCGGUUUAUCUGUUUCUCAGUUCUAUAACAAGUUGAUGAACUCUGUUUAUCAGAUUUGUAAUGACUUAAUAUUACUGACAGAUCAUUUUCUGAUCUGUAAUCUGGAUAUUUCUGAGAAUUCUAUGACUUUAGGAAUAUAUUCACUUUAUAAACAAUUAUUAUAUUAUAUUUCACAUAAACAGUCAAGAAAUGCUUAUUUGGGUCAACAAAUUUGGUGUCAUUGAUGAAUUUGGUACUAUCUGAUAUACAGUUGAUAUUUUCAGAAUGUCUAAUCCAUCCCGCUUUCUAAUUUGAAAGGUGUUAUCUACAUACGGUGACUAAUAUUUGGAUGAGAAAGAACAUCUCGAAGUCAAAGUUUCCUCCAAUGGAUCCAUAAAAAGUAUGCAACAAUUGGAGGUACUGUAGGUCUCAUCGCUCCACCUCCUGUUUGCCUGUAGAGAUCUCGAAGUCUGAAUAAAGUUUUAAAAAGGCUUCAAGCCAGUGUGUGAUUUUAGAAAUAUGUAUAUCCUAUGUAAGGCUUUCUUAACAGAGACAUUAGCAAGUAAAGAAUAAAUAUUAGAAUUUACCAUUAAUCCGUAUCCUUCUAUAUAUAUAGGAGGUUACUUUUAAAAGUAAGAAUUAUCUAUUUACAUGAUAUUAUUAUUUUUUCAUUUUAUUGUAAGAGAUUUUUUUACAUUCACAUGAAAUUGAGCGUUAAUAAUGAUGACUGGUUUUCGAAAAAUAUGACAUGAUCUAUAUCUGCAUUCUGUAGCUCAGGCGAUAAGACACCUGGUCAACGAGUCAGUAUUUACUUUUUGAAACCUUGUGGUAAAAUAAGUUUAUUUUCAACCCUAAUUUCUAUAUUUGUAGAACAUUUAUGACGAACAAGUUAAUUUUGGAAAAGACUGGGAGGACUGUUAGUCCCGUGCUUUAUUAUUAAUCAAAUGAAUGAGAAAUCCGCACAUUCAAAUGAAACAGAAGUUAAUUUACAUGCUACAAGUGGUACAACAAAAUAAACGUGGGUUAGGUUUUGCGUUACAUAUAGAGUUAAAUACUCAUUUGUCGUUUGAUUAGUACCUUAUUAUGAACAAGAUUCCGUUCACAGCAAAGUGUACUCAGUUCAUAAUUUUAAUUACUUUUCACACCUAAGUGAAGAGAAACUUAUGGUUUUUUAGGAAGAUGUUUAGCAUAUAAAUUGUUUUUUGUUAUUUUCCUUCAACAGAUAAAAUCAACAGAAUGAAACUAAUUAUUCUAUCUCUCAUCAUACAGUGCAAAUGAAGUAACUUUUAAAGCUGGUAAAAUCAGUUCAAACUUCCUCUCCUUGUACACAGUUUACGUUGAACACAUGAGAAGUUUCAAGUUAUGUAUUCAUAAUUUUUACGUUGUAUUUCUAAAUAUGCAUCCAUUUAUGAAGUGCAGGAUAAAUGAACUCAAGUAUUUAUUACAAUCAAAUGUUUCAUUAAUUCAGUUUGUGAUACCGUAAAAAGAACUCAAAAAAAAUGUAGUUCAUCGAUUUCACUGGUAGUUAUUUUUAAUUAUAACCCAUUGAGUGUUGAUAUCUAAAUAUAUAAUUAUUUGUGAUAC